AUGUACUUCUCUAAGACCCUUGCCUCGGCGGCGCUGCUCGUCCUGCCUGCCUAUGCAGCUUUCCCCGUGGCCAGCGUUGAGUUUCAAUCCUGGGAGUCCUGUCCCGUCGGUGCUCCAGCUCUUGGUGAGCCCAAGUUUAAGGCUGCUGUGACCGCGACCCCCGCGACUUGCGACAAGACCACCGUCAACCGCGAUUGGAGCAUCGACAACUACGCCUUCAAGGUGUACCUCGACACCAAGGACGCCCUUCUGUGCUCCGGUGUGACCAUCUGGAACAACGAUGAUUGCUCCGGCGAGCCCGUAUCCUUCCUGCCCUUCGACGGCGAGCCCGUUGUUCAGGGUCAGUGCCUGCCCGAUAUCCUCGAUCCUGGCUACGUCUCCUUCCGACUCGACUGCUUUGGCUUCCCCGGUGGUCCUGGUGGCCCCGGUGGUGCUGGUUCCUCUGCUGGCCCUGAGAUCUCUGAUGGUCCUGAGAGCUCCGAUGGUCCUGCCGACUAUUAA